GAUUGCAAUUUGAAUAUACUUUACUCUUAUUUUUUAUGAUUUUAUGUCACAGUGCCAGCUAUUCCCAAGGAAUUGUUGGCCUUCAAGGAAAUGGAAGUUGAUAGUUGCCACAAUAUUUUUUGAACCUGUAUUUUCAGAAGCACAGAUGAGUAUUCUCUGUGAGUUUUACAUUCUUGGUGAAAAUGAAGUACGGAAGUUGAAAUUUUCUCAAGCAUGUUGGCAAUAUUCUAUAUUAAUAGUCCUUUUAAGAAUAAGGAUUAGUGGGGUUCCUGGCUGGCUCAGUCGGUAGAGCAUGGCACUCUUGUGGUGAGUUCAAGCCCCACGUUGGAGGUAGAGUGAAUAGUGAUGGUUCACUUAGACCUCAUUCACCAAUGUCCAUUUUAACAUUUUGAAGAAAAGGUGCUUAACGAGAUUGUUGAAAUUAUUUUGACAGUUAACUAAUUUGAAGAGUUUAGGAUGAAUUGCCACUAUUUUGAUUCUUAAACUUUGGAUAGAACAUAAUCUCAUUUAAAUGGUGUCAUUGGAACUGGGUGAACUAGGCUGUAAACACCUGAUUUAUUGAGGUAACAGCUGCCUGAAAUCAGUUUUUACAUAAUGUUGCAUUAGUUUCAGGUGUACAGCAGUGACGUCACAAGUGUACUUAAACGCUAUGUUUAGUAAUAUUUAAAUGUUUUUCACGUUUAUUUUUGAGAGUACCAGCAGGGGAGGGGCAGAGAAGACGGAGACAAGGAAUCUGAGGCAGGCUCCAGGCUCUGAGCUGUCAGCACUGAGCCACCCAGGUGCCCAUUUAGUAAUGUUUUUAAGUAUCUUCUAAUAGUAUCCAGGGUAUUUUCUCAAUCCUAGCUUCUCUAUGAAGUUGGUACUGCUAUUUCCAUAGUCAAGAAAAGUAAAAGGCCCUGAAAGUCAUUUGUUGCAAAGCUAGAGCUUGGAUUUGUAUAGUCUGUUCUUAACUAAUUCAUACCCACAGUAUGAAAAAUAGAGAACUGUGGGAGAGAGCUCAUCUUUUUUGACCUGGUUCUUAGGGCACUGUGUAUAUAGUUCUGUGCUUAAUGGGUGAAGGGCAAUCUUGUGAUAACAGCCUUGUGGAUACUAAAGCUGUAGGAGGUUCGUGGCACUUUUCUGUGUUUUGCUAUAGAAGCAAUGUUAGGCUGAAAACUGAAUUUGUCUCCACCAGCAGGCGUUGAGUGUCCAGUGAGGGAGAGUUUGUACAUUUAAAAAGAAUUUCAAAAGCGUAUUUGAGGGUAUGUGGGAAAUGUUAAAAUUAAAAAGCACCAAACCCCUUUGGUAAAAUAGAGUGCUGUGGUAACUAACAAUGGGGCUACCAUAUUGGAUGGACAUCGAUGGGCUCUGAAGGAUUUGGUUCAGCCGAGUUGUGCCUCAUUAAGCUCAAAGCCACAAAGCCAAAUCCUGGGAGAGGUGGAGGCACUGAACACCGGUGUGGGUAGGAUCCAGGUGUGGAUGGGGGAAGUUGGGGUCGGUGCGCCUGCGCGCUGGAGCUCUGUGCGUCUGCGCACGGGGCUCCAGCCCUGUUCUUCGACGCUUCUGUACUUCGGGGCGGUGACGCAGCUCAGAAACCCCAACCUUCUGUCUGGAAAGAUUCCUGAGGAUGCUGAGGCCUGAGGUCUCGUCAACCUCGUCUUCUGCCCCUGCGGCCUCCCCCGCAUUGGGAAAGGCUAGAAUUCAGAGUCGUCGCUAUAAUAUCGGACUCCAGGAGACUCCUCAGAGCCGCCCUUCAGCGCAGGCCUCCACGUCCACACCUCCGGGCACGUCUGGAGCCGCCGGCGACCAGAGCAGCAGCAGCAGCAGCAGUGUCCAUGGCCACCCGCCCAGCACCCGACCAGCCCAAGGUUCAUAUUUUGGAAACAAAAGAUCUAAUGCAGAAAACAUAUUUGCAUCAAAUUUUACUUUUGGUACAAGCUCAUCUUCUGCACGAGAUAGUAAUUAUCCUCAAAUACUAAAAACUCCAUUGUCUGCUGGAAAUCCCCAGAGAUCAGGUUAUAAAAGUUGGACACCACAAAUGGGAUAUUCAGCUACAUCCUCAUCUGCAGUAUCAAUACACUCCCCAUCAGUUAUUGUAGCUGUUGUAGAAGGGAGAGGACUUGCCAGAGGUGAAAUAGGAAUGGCAAGUAUUGAUUUAAAAAGCCCACAAAUUAUAUUGUCUCAGUUUGCAGACAACACAACAUAUGCGAAGGUGAUCACUAAACUCAAAAUUCUAUCGCCUUUGGAAAUAAUAAUGUCAAAUACUGCUUGUGUUGUGGGGAAUUCAACUAAGUUGUUUACUCUGAUCACAGAAAAUUUCAAGAACGUUAAUUUUACUACUAUCCAAAGGAAAUACUUCAAUGAAACAAAAGGACUAGAGUACAUUGAACAGCUAUGCAUAGCAGAAUUUAGUACUGUCCUAAUGGAGGUUCAGUCCAAGUAUUACUGUCUUGCAGCUGUUGCAGCUUUAUUAAAAUAUGUUGAAUUUAUUCAAAAUUCAGUUUAUGCACCAAAAUCGCUGAAGAUUUGUUUCCAGGGUAGUGAACAGACAGCCAUGAUAGAUUCAUCAUCAGCCCAAAACCUUGAAUUACUAAUUAAUAAUCAAGACUGUAGGAAUAAUCACACACUCUUUGGUGUUCUAAAUUACACUAAGACUCCUGGAGGAAGUAGAAGACUUCGUUCUAAUAUAUUAGAACCUUUAGUUGAUAUUGAAACCAUUAACAUGAGAUUAGAUUGUGUUCAAGAGCUACUUCAAGAUGAAGAACUCUUCUUUGGACUUCAGUCAGUUAUAUCAAGAUUUCUUGAUACAGAGCAGCUUCUUUCUGUUUUAGUCCAGAUUCCAAAGCAAGACACGGUUAAUGCAGCUGAAUCAAAGAUAACAAAUUUAAUAUACCUAAAACAUACCUUGGAACUUGUGGAUCCUUUAAAGAUUGCUCUGAAGAACUGUAACACACCUUUAUUAAGAGCUUACUGUGGUUCCUUAGAAGAUAAGAGGUUUGGAAUCAUACUUGAAAAGAUUAAAACCAUAAUUAAUGAUGAUGCAAGAUACAUGAAAGGAUGCCUGAACAUGAGGACUCAGAAGUGCUAUGCAGUGAGAUCCAACAUAAAUGAAUUUCUUGACAUUGCUAGAAGAACAUAUACAGAGAUUGUAGAUGACAUAGCAGGAAUGAUUUCGCAGCUCGCAGAAAAAUACAGUCUUCCUUUAAGGACAAGUUUUAGCUCUGCUCGAGGAUUUUUCAUCCAGAUGACUACAGAUUGUGCAGCCCUUCCCAAUAAUCAACUUCCUUCAGAGUUUAUUAAGAUAUCUAAGGUGAAAAAUUCUUAUACCUUUACAUCAACAGAUUUAAUUAAAAUGAAUGAAAGAUGUCAGGAGUCUUUGAGAGAGAUCUAUCACAUGACUUAUAUGAUAGUGUGCAAAUUGCUUAGUGAGAUUUAUGAACAUAUUCAUUGCUUAUAUAAACUAUCUGACACUGUGUCAAUGCUGGAUAUGCUACUGUCAUUUGCUCAUGCCUGCACUCUUUCUGACUAUGUUCGGCCAGAAUUUACCGAUACUUUAGCAAUCAAACAGGGCUGGCAUCCCAUUCUUGAAAAAAUAUCUGUGGAAAAACCUAUUGCCAACAAUACCUUUAUUACAGAAGGAAGUAAUUUUUUGAUCAUAACUGGACCUAAUAUGAGUGGGAAAUCCACAUAUUUAAAACAGAUUGCUCUUUGUCAGAUUAUGGCCCAGAUUGGAUCAUAUGUUCCAGCAGAAUAUUCUUCCUUUAGAAUUGCUGAACAGAUUUUUACAAGAAUCAGUACUGAUGACGAUAUUGAAACAAAUUCAUCAACAUUCAUGAAGGAAAUGAAAGAGAUAGCAUACAUUCUACAUAAUGCUAAUAACAAAUCACUCAUAUUAAUUGAUGAGCUUGGCAGAGGUACUAAUACAGAAGAAGGUAUUGGCAUUUGUUAUGCUGUUUGUGAAUAUCUGCUGAGUUUAAAGGCAUUUACACUAUUUGCUACACAUUUCCUGGAACUAUGUCAUAUAGAGGUCCUGUAUCCUAAUGUGGAAAACAUGCAUUUUGAAGUUCAGCAUGUAAAGAACACCUCAAGAAAUAAAGAAGCAAUCUUGUAUACCUACAAACUGUCUAGGGGACUUACAGAAGAAAAAAAUUAUGGAUUAAAAGCUGCAGAGGUGUCAUCACUCCCACCAUCAAUUGUCUUGGAUGCCAAAGAAAUCACAACUCAAAUUACCGGACAAAUUUUGCAAAACCAAAGAAGUACCCCUGAGAUGGAAAGACAGAGAGCUGUGUACCAUCUAGCCACUAGACUUGUUCAAACUGCUCGAAACUCUCAAUUGGAUCCAGACAGUUUACGAACAUAUUUAAGUAAUCUCAAAAAGAAGUAUGAAACAGAUUUUCUCAGGGCUGAACAAUUUUCAGGAAAGACUGAAGAAUAAUAACAAUUCACAUCAUGUACUAAUGAAACAAUAUAUCUUAAUAUGAGGAAACUAGGAUUCAUUUUUCUCAAGAGCAAGAGAAAAUAUUUGCUAAAUUUUAUAUUUUAAUGGAAAAUUACAUUAUAUUAACCUUAGAAUUAUCAUCUAUGUAUUCUGUGUAAGAAAAUAUUUGUUAUAACUUAACAUAUUGGAACCAUUUAAAGGACUGAUUUUUAUGUUAGAAGAACGUCAAUGUGACAUUUUUUUCUCAUUUGUGAAAAUUCAUGUUGUUAUGUCUUAACUGUAUUUAUACUUA